AGUGUUUAUAAUAGUACGUUGUAGUACGUUCACCACUUAGUAAUAUUAAACACAUAAUUUUACUAAUACGUCUUACGCGUUUCCGUUCAAAUUUGAAAAUCAAGAAAAUAAUUGGUAUGGACUUCAUAUUAAAAUUAUUAUCAUAUCGCUUGCCGUCAUCAUAAAAGCCUUUACACAAAUCGUUCAUUUUUCUUUUUAUAUUAUUUACGGUUUGCAGUUAUAAUUUAUGUAAUACUAAUAUAUAAAUUAAUAUAACAUCAACUUAAACGUUAUACAAACACUAAAAUACAAUUCUAUACAGACUACAAUGUAUACUGUACAAAAUGAAGAAUUCACAGUAUUUCAUUUAGAUUAUAACUUAUCUACAUUAUUUGAACAAGUAGAAGAUUUUAAUCAAUGGACCGAAUCAUUAAGUGAUAUUAGAACAAGAGGGUGGUGGAUGGUAAAUUCAAUUUUUACAACAUUUACCAUAACCCUAUGUUAUCUUUUAAUAGUAUGGCUGACUCCACGGUACAUGAAAAAUCGUACAGCUUACAGUUUAAAAAAUGUUCUAAUAACAUACAAUAUUAUGAUGAUAAUAUCAAAUUUAUUUAUUAUAAUUGAAUUGAUAUUGAUGACUACUAAAUUAAACUAUAGUUGGAUGUGUCAACCGAUAACCUACGUCAAUGCAGAAGCUGAACUUAGAAUAGCAACAGCAGUAUGGUUGUAUUAUAUAAUAAAAUUUUUUGAACUAUUGGACACUAUAUUUUUGAUGCUUCGGAAAAAAGAUAAUCAACUGUCAUUUCUUCAUGUUUAUCAUCAUUCUUCAAUGUUCAUAUUCUCAUGGAUGGGUGUAAAAUAUGUACCAGGCGGCUCAGCAUUUUUACCGAUAUUAAUUAACAGUAUUGUUCAUGUUAUAAUGUAUUUUUACUAUACAUUAGCUGCAAUACAAUGCUCAAAAAUCUUUAAAUACAAAAAAUAUGUUACAACAAUUCAACUGGCUCAAUUUUCAUUUGCUCUACCAUUAGGCAUAAAUGCCAUUUACAGUGGGUGUAAUUGGCCAUUAUGGAUGAAAUAUUUAUUUGUUUUUUAUAUUAUUACAAUGUUGGUUUUAUUUGGAGACUUUUAUAAGAAAAAUUAUAUUAAAAAAGAAAACAAAAAUGAAAAUGAAGUUGGACAAUGUUUAAAGAAAUUGUGAUAAUUUCAACUAAAACAUUUAAUUAAGGCUAAGGAAUAAUUUUUUUUAUAGAAAUAAAUGUAUAAAAUAAAGAAU